CUGCUUUUCUGGAACUCUUGCCAUGUGCUCCACUAGGUUGGUUCAGCAGUCCUUGCUUCCAUGGAUGUUGCUGGCUUACCACUAUCUACAGUCUUUCUGCUGCAGACUGCUAUGGAGCAGAAACCUGGUAGAUUGCUUCCAGAGGUCUUGCUUCCCUCUUCCAGACUCUCAAUAGUUUCACAAGGAAGAAGAUGUGACUGUUAGGAAAAAUGAAUAAUAACUUGUCUUCUUGUGUAGUACAGCCAUGGAGGGGGCUUUAUUUGUUACCAUGGAGAAGAGACCUCUGCUAACCUUCAGAUAGGUAGUCUCAAGGACCUAAAUGCUUCCAGACAGGAAGAUGUAUGCGUUAUUGACCAGACCCCAGAAUAAGAGUGGGGUCAAGCCACUGCCUGUUGUGAUCAUAGGGAAUGGACCUUCAGGAAUCUGUCUCUCAUAUUUGCUGUCAGGCUACAUCCCUUACUUUAAAAGAGACUCGCUUCAUCCUCAUCCCAUUCUUCAGAGGAAACUGGAAGAGGCACCAGAUGUCUCCAUUUUGGACCAGGACUUGGAGUACCUGUCUGAAGGCUUGGAGGGACGAUCCCAGAGCCCCGUGGCUCUUCUUUUUGAUACUCUUCAGCGCCCUGACACAGACUUUGGUGGAACAGCAGAAUCUGUCCUCACUUGGUGGCAUGAGACUGACAGAGCCAUCCCCCACCUGGUCCUUGGCAGAAAUGCUCCUGGAGGUGCCUGGCAUUCUAUUGAGGGCUCUAUGGUUACCCUGAGCAAAGGGGAGUGGAUGGGUCUCCCAGAUCUCCCGUUCAAAGACUGGUUGAAGCAAAAGAGAAGAGGCCUCAGAAACAAUAGAGCCACAGCAGAAGACAUUGCUCAAUAUUAUCAAUGCUAUGUGAUGAAGAAAGGCUUACAGAAGAAUUUCAGAUGCGGUACUGUUGUGACCUCUGUGAGGAAAGUGAGUGCAGAGAGCAUCUCCAGCCAUGCACAGAAACAUCUACAGGAGAAUAGCAACUCACCCUGGAACUUCAAUGAGAACAGUACGGAGGUCUUUCAGGUGGAUGGAUUUUUCAAAACUGCGAAAGGUGAUAAAGAAUCCUUCUCUAUCUAUGCAGAGAAUGUGGUCUUAGCUACAGGAACAUACGACAGUCCUACUUGGCUUGGGGUCAAGGGAGAGAACCUUUCCUAUGUCCAUCACAAGUUGUCUGCACUAGAGGAGGCAGUGAAAAAUGGCAGCAUUGGUAUCAUGUCAGAUCCAGUCUUGAUUGUAGGUGCUGGUCUGACAGCUGCUGAUGCGAUUCUCUUUGCUCACUAUUGCAGUAUUCCAGUAAUCCAUGUUUUUCGGAGACGAGUCAGUGAUCCGGGCCUUAUUUUUAAUCAGCUCCCUAAAAUGAUGUACCCUGAAUACCACAGAGUCCAUCAGAUGAUGAAAGAACAGUCGGCUGCUUGUGCUGGGCCCUAUGAGUGUUACGUUAGUCUUGCUGAACAUCAUGUGUUGUCUCUCGGCAAGGACAAGAAAUGUAUCCUUCAAGACAAGAACGGCUACCAGAAAGUUUAUAAAAUUUCCAUGGCUCUUGUUCUAACUGGCUCAAACCCCAACCUCUCCUUUCUGCCCAAUAAUGGACUUGACUUGGCAACGGACAGUGACCAACCAGUCAAUCCAAAGAGGAAUCCCAUAGUUGUUGACCCAUUUACCUAUGAAUGCAGUCUGGAGAAAGGGCUUUAUGCUCUAGGACCUCUAGCUGGAGAUAACUUUGUACGUUUUGUACAGGGAGGAGCCCUGGCUGUUGCCAGCUCUCUGUUAAAGAAAGCAAACAAAAAUCCCCCCUAACAAAAACAUUCCCUACGCUGACUGUGUCUGAAUGGGUCACUGCUGUUUUCUUAGAGAAGCAAAAUCAUCUGAUUUGUACAUCCUCAAAGGUGAAGCCCACUCCUGGUGUUCUCCAAGGUUAUGCAGAGAGUUCCUAAGCUCUUGCUGAGUUAUUUGAGAAGAUUAAGUCACCAAAUAGUGGGGUUUCACAGACACAUCUGUACCUUCAGUCCCCAGGGACUUGACUCCUCUUCUGCACAGCUGUGCAUGAAGAAUGUGCCUGGAGAAACAGAGGGCAAGAUAGUGAUUGCUUUUCCAUGUAACACCUUCCAGGCUGCUGGAAGUUGAAUUGGGGAACAAUUAUUUCCUGACAGCAGGCUGACAGCCUUGUGUCUUACGGUAUUUUUUCGUGAAACAAAGUAAGCUGACAUGGUUUUAUUUGCUCCUGUGGCUCAACUGUGCGUUCUUAUCAGACCAGAAAUCACUGAAAGGUGCUGCAGGUACCUCCCUGGCACAUGAAGUGGUACUCUGCAAACAAAACUAACAUAGAAGCAGUCAAAACUUUUUAUUGUCUCACUGACACCAGCAACAAGUAAUAUUUGAUAUCUUUUUUCAAAGAGAUUCCUGUGAUGUUUUUUUUCUCCUUCUUAAGAAGGAAUGGCACUGAUUUUCAAACACUUGGUUUGGCAUCUUGCAGCUUUCUGCUUUCUAAAUCGUAAAACUGCAAUAGCCAAAUACUUGGCAGCUGCUGUAGAGACAGCAGAACUAAAGGGAAGCUACCAGUCUGUCCUGUAACUGUCUAGGUACUGUAUGGGGCUUCUGCUGCACAGGGUAUUUCAGAAAGACACACUAUUUUAUAUAUUCUGUGAAUUUCUAAUGUAAUGUGAUUUUUUUUUUUAAAGAAUACUGUUUGUAUAAAUAGGAAAUUGCCACAGUCACUUUUUAAUACCUUUUAUAUAUACAUAACAAUUUUUUUUAAUAUUAAUUUUCUAAAUUAUUUUUAUUGGCAAAAUAUUCUGUAACAGACUUUCAGUCGGUGUUUGGAAUGAGCUGGAGUGGGUGGGAAUGAUGCAGACAGCACCCUCAAUAGACCCACAGGGCCUUUCAUACCUCUCACAGGAAAGAUCAGAGUCAUAGCUAAUCUUAUUUGAUGUAAAGACAGACUCUGCUCCCUGUGCUGCACCGAAACGUACUGACAUGACAUGAUGCUGCACAUGUCUCUGGAAAGCUGAGUAUGUGGAGGCAGUGGAUGUUGGUAAAUGAAUUCGUCUCAAGCUGAGAUGUGUAAGGAGCUUGUCUGUGAUAUUGCUGUAUCGCACCUGAAUAUUUUUGCCACUGACUAGUCUUGUAUGAAAUUUUUCAAUAAAGUGAUUUUGG